GAUCUAUAAAUACUGGCUGGGUCCACCUGACAACACUACAAUCCAGCCAGGAGAAACACACUGCUCAUAUCUCAUUAUCAAGAUGAACAUGUUACUACACCAUGUCCUGUAUCUCCUCCUUCAUGUGGCAUCAGGCAGCCAGUAUGGGACGGAGACCAUCGAGACUCUCAUGCCAAAUGUGAAGGUGGUGAAGGUGGAUCUGAGGAGCUUCACUGAGACGCAGGUCCCUCUGCUCUGUGGGGACUCCUAUCAGGACACAGAGGUGAUCUGGAUGAAGGACAGUGAGCGUGAAGGACACGGGAACCAGAUCAAGGUGAAAGUGGAGGAGAUGAUGGGAGCGAACUACAGCUGCCACAACGCUGCUGGAGACUACCUCAACCACACUCUGGUGCUGGUGCAGGACAUGCCAUCACCCAACAGAACGAGACGCGUCCUGGAGAAGUCACAUGACACAGAUGAGAAUGAAUACAUAAGAUGUUUGGCAAAAAAUUACAAUGGAACAUUUCAUUGCUUUUGGAAGAAGACCAAGUAUCGGACGUCAGCAGUUGUUGCUCUGGUCCAAGUAGGACAGUUCUCUGGCAGAAACUUCUCCUGCUUCGUUCACAGUGAUGGUGCAGGUUUGACCUGUGAGGACCUGGACAGCUGUUCCUUUGCUGAGGAGGUGUCCCGUAUCGACCUGACAGUCUACUUCAGGAGCAACUACCUCCUAGAGGACUACACCGUUACACCGUUCUACAUACGAGAAAUAGUGAAGACAGACAAGAUCCACAUCACCAAGGUGGAGGGGAACACGUUUCAGUGGGAGUACCCUGCGACGUGGAGCCUCCCGCGCUCUUACUAUCCCCUUACAUUCCAGGUCAAAGUGGUCCACGCCAGGGACAGCUGUGACUCUGAAAAACAGGUCCUUCUAAAGGAAACCAAAGAAACAAAGUUAACCGUAGUUCACAGCUCCAAGAAGUAUCGUUUCUGCCUUCGGGCGAAGGAUGAACUGGUUGACUGUCCCUGGUGUCAGUGGACCCAUUAUGAGGUAAAGCAUAAAUAUAAGAAACAUUGACAGUGAAAAGGAAAGCACAUCCAGAUGACAGACAACACACUCAGCUUCAACCAUCACAUCCAAAUAUGUCUCGUCACUCAGAUAUUUUGUUUUACAUUAUACCGAAGAUAAUAAAAUGCAAUGUAGUAUAUUAUGAUUGUUGUAAUUCGAAUGUAAGGAAAGUUAUUGAUUUAUUUGUAAUAGUUCUGAAAUGUAACCAUGAUUUAUGUUAUUUAUCUCGUGUUUUUCAUUACUGUAGCAUGAAUAUUUGUCUAAAUAAUGAAAUGCAAAAAUAAAAGCCUUGCACUCAGAUACAUGCCCCUGUUAAUUUGUUAGCCAUACAUCUGAAUCAGCAAAUCGUCAUUUGUAUAUAUAUUUUUUAAAUGAUCCCCUUUUAAAGGCACUAGAAUUAGUUUUUUUUUUUUUUAGAAUGGUUACACUAAUGUAACUGACUGUGUAUAAAAAUCAGACAGGAAAAGGGAGCUUUUG